AUGCCGGCACCCCGACAUCACCCUUCUUCGCAAGCCGCAUCUCAUACCUCGAUAGCUUCCUUCUUUAGCAAUGCCGGUUCAUCCUCACCCUUGCAUCGACGGAGUCCCAGUCCAGAGUUGAACGAAAAGCGUCAUUCGGUAGGAGAUCUGGAGAGGGGGAACUUGUUAAGUAAGAAGGAGGCGCUCGAUUUGGGUGUCGACCGGUCUCUAAAAGAGGAUCUAAAUUCCAAGAUCCCAUUAUCAACCGGCGACAACAAGAAACGAGCCAUUUCUGCGACUAUCAUCGAAUGGCUAUACUCGACUGCCGGGUUCCCUUACCCGAUCUUUCUGACUUCGUACCACUUGGGAGGCGCCGCUGUUGGUACGAGAUUAUUGAGGAUGUUUACUCCGUUGAUGAACGGGCUGGAUACGAUCGAUAUGACGAGAGAGAAAUAUAUUAGGAACAUCCUUCCGAUCGGAGUCUUGUUCUCUGGUAGCUUGAUCCUGUCCAAUAUGGCCUACCUCUCGCUAUCGGUCUCGUUCAUCCAGAUGCUCAAGGCUUUCCAUCCGGUGGCGAUCUUGCUCAUCUCUGCCGCUUUCAAAAUCCAGAACUUGACUGGACGGUUGAUCGUGAUUGUGCUGUGUAUCUCCGUCGGAUGUGCCAUGGCCGCGUUGGGCGAACUAGAAUUCGAGAUGUUCGGAUUCUUGUGUCAAGCCUCGGCCGUCAUUUUCGAGUCAAGUCGGCUGGUCAUGAUUCAGCUCCUGCUUCAGGGCCUCAAGAUGGACCCUCUCUGCUCUCUGCACUACUACGCUCCGAUCUGCGCAAUCAUCAACGCAUGCUUCGUACCCUUUACCGAGGGCUGGGCGCCGUUCUUAGCAUUCCCCAAGAUCGGUUUCACAAUCAUGGGCUUGAACGCCUUGAAUGCGUUCUUGCUGAAUGUGGCGGCGGUCUUUUUGAUUGGUGCUGCAGGGGGACUCGUCCUGACGUUGGCCGGGGUGUUCAAGGAUAUCCUGCUUAUCUCGUCAAGUACCUUAUUCUUCGGAUCCGUCAUCUCGCCCUUGCAGAUUUUCGGUUACAUCAUCGCACUGGUAGGGCUUGUGCUAUUCAAGACAGCAGGCAAAUGA